GUUAAUGUGCCGCCUGGGAGAGUGGUUUCCUCUCGCGGUCGGCGGCCGCCGUGACCUUCUGUCACGCUGACCGGAUAAUUCGCCCCGCCUCCAGGGAGCGCUGUCACGGAAAGUAAACAAAAGGCGUGCGCGGCGACCAUGUCGGGCAUGACGAGCGGCGUGUGCGUGGAGAGCGACCUGUCGUCCGUGCUGCAGCGGAGCUCGGCCUCCUCGCACCACCACCCGAAUCACCACGGUUACGGCGGGCAAGGCCAGGUGUCCACGCUGGCCCCCAUGCUGGACUACAGCAGCGAGAUGGACCGCUACCGCUCAUCCAUCGCCAGCUUCUACAAGACCAACGUGGACGUGGGCAACUUCCCGCAGUCGGCCAAGCUGGCGGCGCGCUUGGCGGCCGCCGCUCCCAUCUUCCCCCCCGCGGCCACCAGACUGGGGGCCAUGGCGACGGCGCCCUGGGGUUGCCACGACAACGUCAACCACCCGGCCGCCGUCUUCUGGGGUCGGCCGAAGCCCGGCGCCGCGCACCACCGCCACCACCCGGCCGCGCCCGCCGGUCACAUGACCCCCUCGCACCCCCACGGGAGCAGCAUGCACCAGGGCGGAGGGGCCGACGAGGGGGGACGGACUGAAAAACACGCCGCCGCCGCCUCGCUUCCCGUCGCCCAAACGGGACACCACCACCCCAUGGCGCCCAGCAACGCCAACUUCCUGCCCGGCUACGGCGGAGGGAGCGACUGCGGCGUCGGCAAGCAAGGACACGCCCACCCCGACGUGAUGGGCCUAUCGGAGGGGGGCAGCUGCAACGGGGGCGCAGUUCUCGGAAGCGGCUUCCUGGGAGGGCUGGGUUUACCCCCGGGCGUCAUCGUCAUGGCGAUGGGUUCGACGGCGGGCGGGAUGUCAGACGCCGGCAGCGCCUUCCAGAUGACGGGCGGCCAGCGGGGGCCCACAGACUGCCAGCAGCACGCCGGCUCCUCGCCCUGCCCCUCCUCGUCCUCGCCCUCGUCGUCGGGCGUGGCGGCGGGGGGCGUGGUCCUGUCGUCGCCGUCCUCCUCCUCCUCCUCGUCCAAGCGGAAGCGCAAGCGCUGCGGCGUCUGCGGGCCGUGCCGGCGCCUCAUCAACUGCGGCGUCUGCUCGUCCUGCCGCAACAGGAAGACGGGCCACCAGAUCUGCAAGUUCAGGAAGUGCGAGGAGCUCAAGAAGAAGCCGGGGGGAGGCGGGGGAGGGACGCUCGAGGUGAGGGGGGGCGGCGGGAACGGGUGA